AUGAGUAUCAUCGACAAGCAAGACAUAAAAAAGAUCGAAGUCAAUGACGAAAUUGAAUUGGGAGAGAGUAAAGUAGCGGAUAGGGACGAUGAAUUUUUGAUUAGCCUUGGGUAUAAACCAGAAUUCACUAGGGAAUUUUCGUACCUUAGCAUUUUUGGACAGUCAUUUGGAUCCAUGGGACUGUGUCCUGCUAUUUCAGGGUCACUUAUUUUUUCGAUGAAUUGCGGUGGAGGAGGCAUGGUAUGGUCUUGGAUUAUUGGGUGUUUAUGUCUGGUUCCAGUAACUAUAUCGCUUGGAGAGUUAGCUUCGUCUAUGCCCACUUCUGGAGGACUCUAUUUUUGGGUAUUCAAAUUAGCACCACCGGCACAAAGACUAUUUCUUUGCUGGGCAUGCGGUUACGUAUCGGUUCUUGGUUAUGCUACAAUUUAUGCUUCAACUAUUUAUUCUACAUCUUCUAUGAUUCAAGCACUUGCUAUGAUUAACAACCCACUUUACUCUUCUACAAAAUAUGAGCAGUAUGGAAUUUAUGUAGCCUUACUCUUGGUGACAUCAGCCACAGCUGUUAUUCCGUCUCGUGUUAUAGCAAAGUUGAACAUUUUCAACAUAACGUUUCAGCUUUCUCUAUCAGUUAUUUUCAUUUUAGCCCUCGCAUUCGGUUCCAAUCCAACAACAAGGAAUCCGGGAAACUAUAUAUUUGGUGAUUUUAAAAAUUAUUCAGGAUGGUCAAACACGGGAUGGGCCUUUAUGUUAUCUUUCACUACUCCUGUAUGGGUAGUUAGUGGGUUUGAAUCUAGCGCAGUUAUUGCUGAAGAAUCAACAAAUGCCGCAAAGGCUGCACCUUUUGCUAUGGUUUCUAGUGUUAUUGUAGCUGCUAUCCUUGGGUGGUGUAUUAUCAUAACCAUAGUAGCUACUAUGGGAAACAACUUUAAAGGAGUUUCGGGAUCUUCAUUAGGCCAGCCUGUAGCUCAAGUACUCCUUAACAAUCUUGGAACCAAAGGAGCUAAAGGAAUAUUCUCCUUACUUGUUAUAGCUCUUUAUUUAAAUUCAGUUUCAUUGGUAAUCGCAUCAUCUCGAGAAGUUUUUGCCUUCUGUAGAGAUGGAGGAAUCCCGGGGAGUAAAUUUUUUAAACAUCUGACUAAACAGAAGGUUCCUUUGAAUGCGAUUCUCCUAGUGUUCCUUUAUAGUAUUUCAGUUGGUCUCCUAAUCUUAGUUAAUGCUAGUGCCAUUUCUUCAGUGUUUAACCUAGCAAUUAUUGCGCUUUAUAUAGCCUAUUCGUGUCCUCUACUAUGUCGAUUCAUUUGCAAGAACUUUGAGCCAGGUAUUUUUUACGCCGGCAAGUGGAGCAAGCUCCUGGCAUCAUGGUCAUUACUUUGGAUGUGGUUCAUGAUCAUAAUGUUGUUAUUCCCGGAGUAUCAAAAUCCAAGUCAAGCUCAAAUGAAUUGGGCUAUUGUGGUUCUCGGUUUCGUGAUGCUCUUUUGCAUAGUAUAUUACUACAUACCAAAGGUCGGUGGAAAGACGUUUUUUAGGGGACCGGUCUCAACCCUUUAGGUACAACAUGGGUCUCUUUUUAGUGUAUCACUUAUUGAAAUUUAUGAUCCAGAUUUUAAAGUCACCGCCAAACGAAAACUUUGUGCAAAAGAAGAUGGUCAG